GAAAGCUUCUCGACGCCGCAGCCAUUAUAGAUCCCGUUGUGAGUGACUGAGUCUUUUUGAUAGCUCCUCUUAUUUUCCGGGAAAAGUACGCUUCCUAAGCGACGCCGACAUCUGAGAAGCUUUCAUAAAGUUAAAUCUCAUUGGAAAUAAUGAAAACGUAUAGUAGAAAAAAGGGCGAUGGCCCUAGCAACGUAAUUAUUCACGUGAACGAGUUGUGCCGACUGUGCUUGGCAAAGGAAGAAGAGAUGGUGCCGAUUUUCGACGACGAGACCAUACCGUUGCCUCUUAGAAUCAUGGCAUGCGUCAAUUUGGAAGUUUAUGAGGAAGAUGGUCUACCAAAUAAAAUUUGUCAUCCAUGCAAGUACCAAUUGGAAAAAUCUUACCAAUUUAAAAAAAAAUGCGAAGCCGCUGAUGUUAAGCUUAGGAAACACAUGAAAUUAAUACGUCAGUUAACUGGUCAAGAUGAAGAAACGGACAAUCAAGAGAAUAAUACGGAUGAAUUGAAGGAAGCGUCUGGUAGUGGGAAAUCUAAACAAGUUAAACAAUUAUUAGCUGAUUUAGUGUCAACUAAAGGAACCGGAGGUCAAGCUGAUGGAGAUCCUAUAGAAGUUACGGAAGAAGAAUUAGUUGGUGGAUAUAUUUUAGGUAUGAAUUCAGAAAAUCCAGAAAUGGAAGAACCUAUGUCUGAAGAUCCAGAAAGUAUUACAUUAGUACCAGCUGAAGAAAGAACAGCAAAAGCCCGAUGUACGAUACGUACAACAAGAAUUAAACAAGAACAAGAAUCUGAAGAUGAAGCUGAAGAAGUACAAAGAGCUAUUGCAAAUGCAGAUCAUAAAAAUGUUUACAUGAUGGAGUUGACUAGUAAUAGUUCUGGUCAAGGAGAAUCAUUGAAAUUACAACCAAUGGGUGACACAAUAGUUGAUGCAAGUACAGAAUUAAAAGUAUUUCAAUGUGAUAAGUGUCCAAAAGCAUUUACUAGAAGAAUUAUGUUAAAAAGUCAUCAAUCGGUUCAUUCUACUCAAAGAGGAUAUACGUGCCAAGCAUGUGAAAAAUGGUUCCCUACAAGAUCAGCAUUAAUAAGGCACGAACGUACACACACUGGUGAAAAACCAUUUGGUUGUAAUAUAUGUCAUCGUGCAUUUGCACAGAAAGAAAUAUUAUUACGUCAUUUAAUGACUCAUUCUGGACAAAAACCAUUCCAGUGUCAACAUUGUGACAAAAGUUUUACGCAACGUGAAGCACUAAAGGUACACAUGCGUCGACAUCAAAAAUUAGAUCCAAAUGAUAUACAACUCCAUCAUUGUCAACUAUGUCCUAAAGCAUUUUGUCAUGCGUCAGGACUUAGCAGGCAUUUAGUUACGCAUACAGGUAGAACAUAUAAGUGUGUUGAAUGUGACAAAUCUUUUACAGAUAAAAGUUCACUUUUAAGGCACAGUCGCAUUCAUGCACCUAAAAAGAUUUAACGAAUUAAUAUUCAACGAAUAAAAUUACGUUUUACUUCCAGCUGAAGAAAUAAGAAUUUUACUUCUUUGGGUCUAGUUGUAAAUUUUUUAUAAAAUGAAGAGAGUAUACUCUCGUACUUUUAUAAUUACAAAUGAAAAUCAUGGUUGACAAUGACCGUUUAUUAUAAUAUAUACGUCGAAUGUUAUUCAUUUUUAAAUUAUAAAUUAUUGUAAUUUUUUAUAUAUUAACAUACAACUGACCCAUAGAAACUGGAUAUCGUUAAAAGGUAUUUUACCUUUUUUUGAUUCUUAUUCAACUAGCCCAUAUUUGAAAAUUGUUUUUGUUUAUUCUUUCGUUGACUCUUUAAAUAAAUGUAUAAAAAAAAAAAAAAAAAAGAAGAAAAAAAAGACCACUGCGCUACACUAUCUACAUUUUUUGUACAAAAUUAUGUAGCGACUUCAAAUAAUGUUAUUUACAUUUAACGUAUUAUUUAUCGUUUAAAAUUAAGCAAAAUAAAAAGUUUUCUUUUUUUUCCAAUUAUAAAGACAGGUUAAAAUAUUUUUUUAAGUAGACACAUUUUGAAAAGAAAAAUAGAUUGGUCCUUUUAGUGUAUAUUAAUAAAGACCUUAUGUACUAUGUACACGAUUAAAUAUAUAUUCUAUGUAUAUAUACCUAUAAAUAUACAAUAUAUUGAUGGUAAAUGUUUUUUCAUCUAAUAUAACUAUCUUUCAUAUAAGUUUUAUAGAUUAUAUGAUGUUCGAUAUACAUAUACAUAUCCCAAUUGACUAAUUCUUAAUAACUUUAUUAUUAAAUACAAAAUGAAGUUUAUGUACACGAUCAUAAUUAUUUUUACUUGCUAAAAGUUUGACAGACACAUUUUUUUUUUUUUUUUUAUUUUUUUUUUUUUUUUUUUUUUUUUUACUGAAACUCAUAGCAACAUUAUUAACUUUAUAAAAUGUAAAACUUAUAUACCAUUCUAUAAUGACAUAAUCAUCUACCUGUGAAAUAUUUUCUUUUUUUAGUUAUUGUGUUUGCAAAUUUAACAUUUCAUAUAUAUAUAUACCUUUAUAUAUAUAUGAUAUAUGGUAUAUAUACCUUUUAAUAUGGUGUAAUAUUAUUAAUAGUUCGAUGGCAUAGGAAACAUUACUGAAACAUUUUUUUCUCUACUUUAUAUUGCAUAUUUAUAAUUUCUAUUCGUAACACAUCAUCCUUCUAUUAAAGUGGUAUAUUUGAAGGCAUGAGUGAACUAUAAAUGUUAAAACUUCAUUGUGAUUCAAAUGCUGUGUUCAACUUUUCAUAAAAGUACAUAAAGUUAUGAUCAUUGGGAUACAACGGUAUUUCUUGCUAGUAUCAUUCAUUUAAUAUACAUUAUUAUAAUCAUUCGAAAUUUUGUUUAACAAAAAGAAAAAAAAAUGUUAGCACAAGCAAACAAUAGACGUUCAUACGAGGGCAAUUUGAAAAAUUCAAGGCUUAUUUCUUCUUUUUUCACUUUAACAACUAAAUUAAUGCAUUUAAGAAAAAGAAAGAAAAGAGAACGAAAAAGCUGCGAACUUUUCAAAUGAUCCUAAUACAAAAGUUAUUAAGUACACCGCAACACUAUUACUUUACACGGCAGUUAAUAAAGAAUAUAGAAUCGUUGCGCAAUGUACAUAGGUAAAUAUAAUUCUAAAUGCUCGCUACGAUUGUUCAUAUAUCGUAAAGUGCGACAGAGCUCAGUAUUUUCAUUACUAUUAAAAUAUCGUACAAAGUAGCCUAACUAUAUUUAUAGUAUUUUCACAUAUAUUGCACUAUGAAAACACUAUAUAUUGAAUAGAUAAAUAUAUUUCAUUCUAAUGCCGCUAUGUCAUUAUAAUAGACCAUGAUAAAUUUAAUCAAAUGACAUGAAAUUAUUAGGAGAAAAAGGAUAGAAAAAAAAAAGAAGAAAGAGAAAAAAAGAACAAGAAAAAAAAAAGAAGAAAAAAGGAAGAACAAAAGCGGAAGGAAAGUUUGACCGUUUAUUAAAAAAAUUAUUUUAUUAUAAUUCAUGUAUAUUAUGAUCAUUCUUGUGCAUUUUUACAUUGCCAAUAUCGAUAUAUAGUCGAUCAAUAUAUCAAUGAAACAGCAAAGUUUCUUCAAUUCAUUUUAUAUUUCUUUUUUUUUUACAUAUUUCUGUCAUUGCUUAAAAUCACGAUAUCACUCACAUAUACUAAAAAUUCAAUAAAAUUUUUCACGCUAUCGAGCUCCGUCACACAAUCUCUGUUGUGCUGGAUCUCCAUAUUUUAAAUUCUGAUUAUUGAUUGAGAGAACGAUUAUGAGACCAUUAUCUUUUUUAAUAAAAAUCAGAUUAUUUGAAAACUAUUUGCUAAUGUGAUUCUAUCUACAUGAUGCUACAUAAAAAUCAUAAGAUACAUAUGUCAUAGCCAAUACAUAUGAAAAUUAUAUGAACAACUCAUACCUAAUCUAAGCAUGACUGCAUCCAAUUAAUUAUUGAGAGAAUAAAAACUCCUAUUUUUUCUUUUUUUUUUCUUUUUUGUUGUUAAAUACUCAGUUCUCAGUUUUCUUCAUAUUUUUCAUUUUCUUUCUUUUUCUUUUUUUUUUUUUUUCUUUUUAUUUCCUUUUACUUUAUUAUAUAUACUAAAACUAGUUCCCGUCAAAUCUUACGACAUUAACGUUCGCUAUUAGAUUCAAGAGGAAUAAAAAGGAAGAGAAAGGACUGUUCACGCCAGCGUGUCGAAUUAUGCACAAAAUUUGUACUAUGUCUGUCAUAUAGACACAACAUAUUCCACGGCGUGGUUUAUCAUAAUUAAUAUAGACACCACUGUUUCCCCGUUUUAUACUAUUGAAUUUAACAAAAGGAACCAAUAGAUAAGCGGCGGAUGUAGUGCGGAGAGAUCUGAAAAUCUCGAAUUAACUUUGACGAGAUAAAAGAUUACUUAUGGAAAUAGGAGAGAGAAAGAAAGACAGAGACAGAGUGAGUGAGAGUGAGAGAGAGAGAGAGAGAGAGAGAGAGAGAGAGAGAGAAAGAG